AUGACAUCAAGUUAUACCAAUCGAUUGGCGCAUUUAAGAGGGAGUGAGAAAGAGAGUGAGGGCUUAAUUGCGCCCGAAAUGCCGCCGUAUUUAACUCAACCACACUUUUCAAACAGUCUUCUUAUUAAACGCCUGUUGAGCGCCAACGGUGUGGCCGAAGCUCAGGGCCAAACCAUCGGCGAAAACGAUGGCAAUGAAUCCGUGACCGUAAAGAGUAUGAGUUCGACGAUCGCCGGCACCGUUGCGUCGACUCUGUCCACGACGACAGCGGCGCCGGCCGUCACCGAAGGUGUGAUGACCCGAAUGGAAAAGUCCGGAGAGAAGAUUCUGGAGGCCGUCGCCGAUAAGACACACAUUCCCUUCUGGGGAGUGUUCUUCAUAUUCCUGGUGAUCGUCGGAGUGUUUAUAAUCGUGUUCUACUGUUUCCUUCAGCGAUGGUGGAGAAAGUUCAGGGGAAAGGAGGGCAAGGGUUUCAUGGGUGGCAAAGUGGACCUCAAGUCUGUGCAACUCCUCGGACAGGCAUAUAAGGAAAAGGCAAAACAGAUGCGACAAAAUUAA